AUGGCUGAAGAAGAAAGUAAAGAUUCUUCUAUAAGUUUAGAAGAACAAGAAAGACUAAAGAAGUUGGAAGAAGCUAGAAAAAAAGUUGAGGCUUUGAAAAAUAAAAAAAAAAAUAAAAAAAUUAAAAAUAAAAAGAAGGAUAUUAUUACUGCUAAUAAUAACAGUAGCACUGGUGAUGAUAAAUCAGUAGAGAAUACUCCUGAUCAUACUCUGGUCGAUGAUGAAUCAACUGAAAAUGAUGCCAAAAAAAAUAGAGUGUCGAUCCAGGAGGAGGAACCAAGAGAAAAAUUGACUGAAGGGGAAGAGAAUAAAAUUGAAACAAUUGUUACUCCAAAGGAGAAAGAAAGUGAAACAAUUAUUACACCAGAGAUGAAAGACGAUGAAAAAAUUAUCACACAAGAAGGGGAAGAAAAUGAAUCAUUUAUUACAUCAGAAAAGAAAGAGGAUGAAAGGAAUACUACAAUAGAAAACAAAGACAACAUGUCCGAAACAACAGAUCGAAACAAAAACGGUGCUACUGAUUUAUUUGAAGUUUCUUCUAAUCAAGCUUUAACUCCUGAUAGUGCCCACAAUGACAAUGACGAUUUUCUGACAUCUAUAAAAAAAAGCAAUGAGUUAGAAGAUUUAAAAGAAAAAAUCAAAGCUUUAGAACAAGAACUGAAGAAAUUAAAGUUUCAUAAUAUGGAGCAGGAGACCAACAUUGAUGAUUUAAAGGACGAAGUUACAACUCUACAAAAUAACUUACAAUCCACUGAAGAUACACUAAAAGAAACACAGUCAGCUCUAAUACAACAACAACAACUAAACCAACAACUGCAACAACAGUUAAAUCAGCAACAACAGACAGAACAAGUUGUAAACAACGGAUUACCAUUAAACUUACAAUUUUCUUCAUUUAAUAAUGGCCAAAAAGCUCAGAAUAACGCUACUGAUUCUGUGAGAUCUGCUACGCCUGUUGAUAGAUCUUUAAUGUUUGCUAAGUGGAAAGAGUGGAACGUCGAUAUGACCACUUGGAGAUCUAUAGGUUCAGGUCCAAUCGUAGAAUUUUAA